AUGGAUGUAAGAUUUUAUCCGACUGCUGGUGGAAAUUCUAUUCCAGGAGAUCCACAGAACCUGGAUUUUGCCCACUGUUUGGGCUACUACAACUUCAAUAAGUUCCAGAAUAACAACAACUACAUGAACAUGGCAGAGGCGAACGGGGCGCUGCUGGCUGCUGGUGAUACUUUUCAUACGCCCAGCUUGGGUGACGAGGAGUUUGAGAUUCCUCCCAUUACACCUCCACCUGAGACGGAGUCUGGUCUGGGUCUAUCGGAAGUGGACUCACAUUUCCAAGCCAUGUCAGAGCCCCCAGGUCCGCACAGGGGUCCAUUAAUCCCUCAGUUCCCCCCUCAGAGCCUGGAUCUGCCCUCUAUUACCAUCUCACGCAACAUGAUGGACCAGGAAGGGAUGUCUGUCAACAACGGCCAACCUGUGAAUGUGGGGCCGGGCCACCUCCGCCAGUACCCACCCAACCCAGCCAUGGUGAUGAAGUCCAUCAUCAGCAUGAACAGCUCCAACGGGAUGAUAUCACGGAAUCAGCUGACCACCAUCAACCAAUCCCAACUCAACGCACAGUUGAGCCUAAACAUGGCAGGACCCAACAUCACCCACACUUCCCCAUCUCCGCCUGCCAGCAAGUCCGCCACACCAUCCCCCUCCAGCUCUAUAAAUGAAGACGACCAGGAUGACGGCAACAGGGUGAUUGGAGAGAAGCGACCAGCCCCCAUAGAUCCCACAAAGAAGCCCAAGACUCCUAAGAAGAAGAAGAAGAAGGAUCCCAAUGAGCCUCAGAAGCCAGUGUCAGCUUAUGCCCUGUUCUUCAGAGACACCCAGGCCGCCAUCAAGGGUCAGAAUCCCAACGCUACCUUUGGAGAAGUGUCCAAGAUUGUGGCCUCCAUGUGGGAUGGUCUGGGAGAGGAGCAGAAGCAGGUUUACAAAAGCAAAACAGAAGCUGCCAAGAAAGAAUAUUUAAAAGCCCUUGCUGCAUACCGUGCUAGCCUGGUUUCCAAGGCUGCAGCAGAAUCAGCUGAGGCCCAGACUAUCCGCUCAGUGCAGCAGACCCUGGCCUCAACCAGCCUCUCCCCAGGCCUGGUGCUGCCUUCACCCCUCAACCAGCACCCCUCCAUGUCCUCAGCAUCCCAGGCCCUCCAACAAGCCCUACCACGGGCCAUUGCCCCGAAACCUCUUCAGAUGAGACUAGGGGGCAGUCAGAUUGUGACCUCCGUCACAGUUUCCCAUCAGAACAUGUCCUCCGGGAUGCCCCCGCAGCUGCUUGGCCAGAUGGGUGCCGGUGGAGCCAUGGUGGCAGGUGCCCAAUCCACAGCGGUGUCUCAGAUGAGCCCACCCAUGCAACCGGUGCAGCAGCACGCAAUGCAGCAGCUCCAGCAGCAGCAACAGCAGCAGCAGAUGCAGCAGCACCUCCAGCACCAUCAGAUGCAGCAGCAGCAGAUGCAUCACCAGCAGAUCCAGCAACAGAUGCAGCAUCAGCAUUUCCAACAUCACCUCCAGCAACAGCUGCAGCAGCACCACAUGCAGCAGCAGCAGCAGCAGCAGCAGCAGCAGCAGCAGCAACAGCAGCAGCAGCAACAGCAGCAGCAGCAACAGCACAUGCAGAUGCAGCACAUGCAGUUGCAGCAUCAGCUGCAUCAGCAGCAGAUUCAACAUCUCCAGCAGCAACAACAGCAGCAGCAGCACCAGUCCCAGUGUUCCCCACCCCAGCACUCUCCUGGUACACCCCAUUCAGUGGGAGGCUCUGCAUCACUCGGCAGCCCCCAGCCAGCCCCACAGCAGCAACCACACCCCUCCCAAAUCCAGGCCCACGCCCAGGUCCUGUCCCAGGUCAGCAUUUACUGAGCCAAAUGGAAAUCCUAUCUCAAAGAACGGGAAUAAAAUAAAAGCAUCAUUCCACGUUGCUUUUCUAAGUUGCACUUAAGAAGUGUGUAAGAUUUAGAAUGUUAUACAAAGAACUUGUCCAUUGUUAUAGACGGAUAUGCACACACGUGUACAGGAGGUAAACAUGUUAGCUGGGCUUUUGUCGAUAAAAUAGGCUGAGCUAUGACAGAAGCCUGUUAGGGCGAGCGCCCAGUGAUUGUUUAUUUGUUUGUUUGUGAGGUCUUUCAGUUGUCAAUUUAAACUGACUGGGCACACAAUAUGUUGAAAGACAUGUGUCUUUCACUGUUUUAUUUAACAAUAAAGCUUUAUUUAUGAGGCCAGAGUUGUCAGUUCACCCCAGCGAAAGGACAUUUUAAAUGCGUUUUAACAAAAGGAUUUUUAUCAGCUCUUGGCUGGACUGAAUGACUCACAGGGUCCUUGCUGGAAACCAGUAACCCACACAUCAGUCUUUGUUCCCACACUGGACAGUAUAUAACAAGACUUUCUUAAGUCCAACCUUUCUCUUUCACCAAUCAUUCUCGCAGAUGUAACUGUUCAACAGUGGCAUGGAGGAAAUUAUUGAUCAAAUCAUCACACAUUGGAGGCCCAGUGAUAUUUGACCACAUUUAAACCAUGUUACAAAUGCAGAAUAAGGGGAACUGAAAAUACAAGGUCUUGGGAUGCAGAUCUCUGAAUGAAUGACUGAACAGACUGAGACAGAGACUGCCAUAAAUCAUUUAUGUCAUCACAUCAUCAAACUGUAGCUGUAAUCUGCUGUACAGGUUUUGUAGAGUGGGGAGAGAUGAGACCUCCUUUAUCCAGUAAUCUACCCACCAGGUGAUUUGCCCAAAAGCGUGUAACUGGCACCCCCAACCCCCUCCAAAAAAAUUCCUCUUUAAUCUAUUUGUUUUUACUUCAGAUGUUUAACAAUUAAAUUAUGUUUUUAUCUUGUGUAACAAAGGGGAUAUUUUAUGGUAAAUACAAAUUUCCGGAUCAAGGAAGAUGGUUUGGGGAUUGAUGUAUUUUUACUCUGCUCCUUGAUACCGUCAUUGUUUUAAAAAAGGAAAAAAAAGAAAACUAGCAGAGCCAGUUUGUUGCACUGCCAAAGCCAACUGAAAAGGCAUCGGAGGUAUUUUUGCCAGCUGUAUAGAAGUCCCUGAAAAAAAGAAAAUGUUGUACAUUUUUCAUAUCACCUGUUGUAAAGUUUUAAUAUGUGAGGCUUUAAUUAAAACAUUGUUAAACGACCUGUGGAUUGCUAUAUCACAUAGUGCAUUUCUGCUCUUUUAUACUUUUUUAUGAGUUACAAUAGCAGCGAUUAAUUUUGUUUGUAUUUUGCUUACAAACCAACUGCUUCUGAAAACUGUCUAUAGAAUAAAUGCAUAUCGGUAUGGAGUUCUAGAAAAGUUGUUUUCAGCUCACAACAGGAGAAGUAAUUUAAUGUUUGAGUUUUUGCUGGGCCAUGAAGUCGAAU